AGUGCAUUUCCUCACUUGAGUAUAAUUGAGUACUUUUCAUUGUCUAGUUUUGCCGCAGUUUCUUUAUUUAACCAAAUAUUUGCUUUCUGCCUGAUAGUGAGCUAGCAUUUGCUGUCCACUCCGGCAGCGAAAUGUAACUAAAAGCCUGGCCUGCAGGGCUUGGCGUGUAGCUCGUAGAGUGUUUGCCUAGAAUCCCCCGCACCAGGGCAGAGGGCAGGACAGCUUCCGGAAAGAGCCUGAGAUUCUGGUUGUGGGGCAGUUAUUCAAGCUUUCUUGUUAUCAGUUUUCUCUGCAAAAAUGGGAAUGAUGAUGAUAGUAACUAGCUCGUUGUGCAAUGAGGGUGUCUGAACAAUGCCUGACAUACGGUAAAGCAGAGUCAGUGGUUGCUGUUAAUUUUAUUUCUACUAAGAUUAUUAUUACUAUUAUUAAUGUGAUUAUUCUUAUUUUUCUGUAACUUCUCCCUAAGGCAGGGUGCCAAGCCGUUGACCUACAUCAUCACGUCCAAAUAAUAAACCCUUUAGGUUUCAACAAUCUCCCCCCCUCCCCCCCAUUUUUCUAGCUACAUAUGCCAAGGCUUGGGAAGAUUAAGUAUCUUGUUCAGGUGAUAGCAGGAGGAUGGAAUCAGACAAGUUCUGGAGGAAAUGAAAGCUUUAUAUGAACAAAACCAGUCUGAUGUAAAUGAAGCAAAGUUGGGUGGACGAGGUGAUUUGAUACCAACUAUUAAAUUUCGACACUGUUCUCUGUUAAGAAAUCGACGCUGCACUGUUGCCUACUUGUAUGACCGAUUGCUUCGGAUUAGAGCUCUCAGGUGGGAAUAUGGCAGUGUUUUGCCAAGUGCUUUACGAUUUCACAUGUCUGCUGAAGAAAUAGAGUGGUUUAAUCAGUAUAAAAAGUCCCUUGCUACCUAUAUGAGGUCACUGGGAGGAGAUGAAGGUUUGGACAUCACACAGGAUAUGAAACCUCCAAAAAGUUUAUAUAUUGAAGUGCGGUGUCUAAAAGACUAUGGGGAAUUUGAAGUUGAUGAUGAUGGCACUUCAGUCCUACUUAAAAAAAACAGCCAGCACUUUUUGCCUCGAUGGAAGUGUGAGCAGUUGAUCAGACAAGGAGUUCUGGAGCAUGUCUUGUCGUAAUUGUAUCUUGUCAUGACUGCGUUUCAUGGUGACCACAUGGGGAGGCUUUGCCAAGGAUGAGGCUGAACACAUUCCACAAAAAUGUCUAUACUUUAACUCUCCUCCCCGCACCUCCCUCUUGGAUUUAAAAUUUACAGAUGACUGUAAGAUAACCAAAAAGAACUGGGGUUUGUUUAAUGGUAGAGUGCUUGUCCCAUACAUGGGAGGUCCUGGGUUCCAUUCCCAAUACCUAAAAUGUAUUUUAAAAAAAAGAAAGAAAAAAAAGAAAUAGUUGGCCAAGGUGUAUUAAGGACCUUUGUUUCUGUGUAUAUACCAUUCCUUCUGCUCCUUUCUGGAAAAAAGCUGUAUCUGGCCACAUGUGGUGGCACACGCCUGUAAUCCCAGCUACUCAGGAGGCUGAGGCAGGAGGAUUACAAGCUCAAGGCUAGCCUCAGCAAGCCCUAAGCAAUUUAGUGAGACUGUGGAUAUAGUUUGGUUCAGUGAUAAAGUGCCUAUGGGUUGAAUCCCUGGUAAACCCCCCCCCCCCAAAAAAAAAAAAAUUUUAAGUUCUAUCUAUAAUCAAAACAUUCUCAUUGUUGUUACAGUAUGUUUUUAUAAAUGAAAAUAAAUAUUCAUAAGUUUGAAUCUCUUUGAAAUAAAGGGAGUUUCAUGGCUGUACAGAAAGAAGGCAGAUCCUUAUGAAUCUUGAGUGUUUUCUGGUAAUGUGAAUUUUGUAUGCCAGGGUCCCAAAUUUCUGGAAUACAUGUUUGUAAGACUUGAUGCUCACUUACCAUCUCAAAAUAGGGGGUUAGUCACCCAGCCUGAGUCCUUAUGCGAAAUUAAUGAAUAUCAGUUGAAAAUUCAAAAUUGUGGUAUUUGUGUCAAUUUAUAUUGACAGACUCUCUGUAAUUGUGACUGGAAUUUUAAACAUAAAUCAUUUUUUUCUUCUAAAGGUAAUAUGUAUACAGGUUAAAAAAAGUAAAAACAGUACAAUGUAGAAAAUAGAAGGGCUGAGGAUAUAGCUCAGUGGUUCAAAUCUCAGCACCACAAAAAACAAGAAAGAAAAAAAAAUAGUAGGUUAAGUUCCCUUUCUUUACUAAAUAUUACCAUCUUGUGUGGCCAUUAUUAGCUGUACCGUAGGUGGAGUACAAUCCUAUUUGUCUUGUCAUUUGUUUUCAAGUAAAGUGAAUGGAACUAUAUUCGUGGGUGUGUGUGUCUAUGCCUUGUGUUUUUUUUUUUUGUUUUUUCUUUUUUUUUUUAGGUACUGAGGAUUGAACCCAGAGGUACUGAGCCUCAUCCCCAGCCUUUUUAAAAUAUUUUAUGUAGAGAUAGUGUCUCACUGAGUUACUUAGGGCCUUGCUAAGUUGCUGAGGCUGGCUUUGAAAUCGUGAUCCUCCUGCUUUAGCCUCCCAAGCAAUUGGAUUACCAGUGUGUACCACUGCGCCUGGCCCUUGUCAGUGUUUUGAGUUAUCUCUUCCUUUGAAACAAACUACCUGAAAUGUGGUGGCUUUAAACCACAUUAUUUUAUUUUCUCACAUUUCUGUGACUUGAGUGGGCUCAGCUUGGCAGUUCUGCAGAUCUUGCUUGCAAGAUUGCCUUCUGAUGGUGGCCUGGCUGGGAUGGCUCACUUUAUCUGUGUGGUCUCAUAUUGUUCUCAAAAGUGGCAAGUUUCACCUGGCAGCUCAAGGUCCUCACAAUAUAGACAGUGGAAGUGGGAGCUGUUUUAUGGAAGGCUGGGUGUGGUGCUACAUUCCAUUAGCACAGUCAUAGACUACUCAGGUUCAAUUAAAGGACCAUGCAAACCACAUGAAGCUGGAACACAGUGGUCACCAGACCCAGGUUUGGUGACAGUAUUCUUAUCAUGUGAAAUGAGUGGGUGCACAUUCUGUUCUCCCGGACCCCCAGGUGCUGAGGAUUGAAUCUAAGGUCUUGUGUAUUCUACUCGGGCACCUAAACCACUGAACCACAUCCUCAUUAUCUUUUUGAGACAGAGUCUCACUGAGUUGAUAAGGCUGGCCUGGAAUUUGUGAUCCUCUUGCCUCAGCUUCCUGAGUGAUUGGGAUUACAGAUGUGUACCACUGUACCUGGCAAGAGUAGACUUUUUAAAAUUUUGGUUAAAUCCCAUCUGUUUAUUAUUUAGUGUUGCAUCUGUUGAACUCUUCCCACUAAGGUCACAAUUUAUUUCCUUUUUUCAUCUAUAUAAGAAUGCCCAGGAGUUAUAGUUUUUUAAGUUUUACACUUAGGUCUAUGAUCCAUUUUGAGUUACUUUUUGUUUAUGCUACAAGGUAUGCUUCCAAGUUCACUUUUGUUUUCCUUUCCAGGUCCUAUGGAUCCAACUUUAACAGUGCCAUUUGUUGAAAAGGCUAUUCUUUCUCUGCUCUAUUACCUUUGCAUCUUUUUAAAAAAUUGUGUAUGUACAGGUUUAUUUCUGGACCCUCAGAUCUGUUCUGAUAUGUGAGCUGAUAUCUUAACUCUUUUGAUCCAGAAAUAAAGAUUUCUUUCCAAUCA